GGAAUACGGAGUACUAAAUACCUCCUAAACAGUCCUAACCCAUACUAAAUAAAUACAGCUGGGCGUCCACGGUCCAAAGCCUAAACUCCCAAGUCCCAAAUCCUCGAAGUUCGACGAGAAGACCCUGCAGACGGCUGCAGUACCGUAAACCCCGACCUCCGUCAUUCUUAAUUUCAUCCCCAUCAACCGCAUCAGGGCUUUGAUGACCCCGACCGUACCUUCAAAUCCACACCACUCAUUGCCUACAACAUGACGUCCGUAAAUCCCCCACCAGCUCCAUCAUGGAGCGAAGACGAGCUCAUCGAGGCGCUGGCGCUUCUCGAAAACAUGCAAGAACAGCUCGAUCUCCUCCGCACCAUUCCCGCCGGCAUCAUCCGCGCCCUCGGCGCUACCCAUCUGUCCCCCGAAGACUACUUCCAGAACUUCCUCGUGCCCGCGCACGGCGGCUCGCGGCGUCUGAACAAGUUCUCGACCGACUGGCACGGCGCGCCAGUGCGUGGGAUUGUGGAGCACGCGAGCGCGCGGGAGAAGGAGGACGCGGAUCUGAGCGCGGGGUUGACGGUGCCGAAGUACGGGUGGAGGGAGCUGGCGAGGUCGAAUGCGAGGGUGAAGAAGGAGGGGGAGGAUGGGGAGAGGGGGACAAAGAGGGAGGAGGUGGAGGAGUUAGUGAAGGGGUUUGAUGAGCAGACGGAGAAGGCCACGGUGAAUUUUGAUAAGGAGAGUUUGGUGAUUAAGAUACAGCUGAAGGUGCCACAGUGGAAACUGCGGUUCGUUCUGAAUCCGGAGUUUGACGACCAGGACCAUGUGGUCUAUCAAGUAGAGUGUGUCGGCAGCAAACCCGCGCAAACCUCGAUUACGCGGUGCAUGAACAAACGCCCGGCUGCUGGCGACCUCCAAUACCUUCUGGACAUGAUCGGCGCGUAUCAGGAUGCCCCCUUCGUGACUUGCGCCAUCUGCAACAAAACCGUCAACCAACAGGUCAUCCACCCCACCGGCCGACGCAGAAAGGAGAUUAAGAACGACGACGGCACCACCGAGACCGUCUGGGAGCCCUACCACGAAUCCUGCACCUGAUCUCCCGUUCCGAGCGCACUAAAACCCCUCCACCCACCCAUGUGCAUCCGGCACACCCCAAUGCCCCCACACAUCCCGCACCAUCCCCCGCUCCGCAUCCACAUCGCUCCACGAAUACGCCCGCGGGUACCGGUAGGUCCUUGACCGAAAAUCGUACACCUUCCCCGGCCGCCGGUAGCGCGCGGCGGGCCACAGCGGCGGCAGGCUCGCGUCGUCCA